AUGCUCUUUCUAGUCUCUACCCUCCCAGUCGUCUUCUUUUGCUUUUUCUAUCUUUUCCAUUUUUCUGGUGCGUCGUUUUUUCGCCUACACACGAACAGACGUACACCUAUCUAUCUAUCUAUCUAUCUAUCUAUCUAUCUAUCUAUCUAUCUAUCUCCGUCUGUUUAUAUCUAUCUAUCUAUCUGUCUGUCUAUCUCCGUCUGUUCAUAUCUAUCUAUCUAUCUAUCUAUCUAUCUAUCUAUCUAUCUAUCUAUCUAUCUAUCUAUCUAUAUCGUAUGUAUAUAUCUAUCUAUCUAUCUAUCUAUCUAUCUAUCUAUCUAUCUGUCUACGUCUGUUCAUAUCUAUCUAUCUAUCUAUCUAUCUAUCUAUCUAUCUAUCUAUCUAUCUAUCUAUCUAUCUCAAAACUAUUUUUCGUCGACCUCUUUCUAUUGCAUUUCUUCACUCUCUUUCUUUCUAACUCUAUCCCUCUUUCUCUCUCUCUCUCUCUCUCUCUCUCACACACACACACACACACACCUUCUGCGUAUCUAUCUUCUUUGUCUGUUCUUCUUUUAUACUUGUUCGUCAUGCUUUUCUUUCUCCAGACUUCAGCAGUUUUUAACGUAUCAUUCCAUUCUUUUCAAUCAAAUUCUUCUUCUUGUCCUUCUUCUUCCUACUCGGAUUUCUUCUCAUCUGCCGAGACGCUACGAUCUUUACAGCCCACCUGCUUGCCCGAAAUGA